AGUUUGAACUUUUAAAAUUUAGUCUUGCCUCACCUCCUGAACUAUUCACACCCUUCUACUUUCUCUCUCUGUAAUUGAUGUACUAUAUUUGGCUAAUUGGCAUGUUGUUCCUUCCUGGUGUCUGACAAGUUUCUAGUUUUCUUGUGACUUUGUGUGACAUUCUAAAAAAAUGGAGAAAGACAAUGACUCGAAAGAAGACUCUACUACUGCCCCCACUACCCCAGCUACUAGCUCCACAGCGUCUUCAGAAGAUGGUCGAGGUAUCUUUGAAGACUCUGAUUCUUACAGUGACAUUUCACAAAAAACAUUUGUGGGGAAAGUAUGGCAUUACUUGAAAUCAAUUCGUAUGGAGCCUGGUUUCCUCAUCUAUAUGACGGCCUCGGUCAUGGGAAACAUCAUAGCGUCGGAUUUACAGAUUGAUAGAGCAUGCAGAAUUAAUAUCGGUUACAAUGAUACCGUUUGCAAUGGAGUCAUGUCAAGUAACCAGACCAUCAAACGAAGAUACAAAAGUGAGGAGGAAGAUGUCCAAAAGGUAAUCUCCGAAAUUGGGAUCUGGAGCGAAGUUGUUGAAAAUCUGUUUCCCAUCGUGUUUUCCCUGUUUCUUGGAACGUGGUCAGACGUGUAUGGUUAUAAGCUGCCCUUUCUCCUGGCAAUUUCAGGCGUAACGAUCCGUUAUGCCGGUCUGAUUCUCUGCACGUACUUUAAUACAUGGAACGCCGAAAUUGUGGCUCUGUUUUCUGUCCUUCCGGGUUCGCUAACUGGAGGAAGAAUAGCAAUUAGCAUGGUUGUCUACAGUUUUGUCGCCGUUACCUCAACGCUAAAAGAGAGAACGGUGCGAAUGGGGAUUUUGACAGCGGUAAGAACUUUUGGUCGAUCAUCAGGAUCGGCUUUGGGGGGUUAUUUAAAGAGGAGUGGUAAAAAUUAUUACUUCAUCUUCAGUUUGGGGGGUGGAUUAUCCUUGCUCUCAUUUUUGUAUAUUCUUCUCAUCAUGCCAAACCCCAAGAAGGGCAAUAAUCCUUGCGGAUUUAAGCAAGAUAGCAAACUCGAAGCAACUAAAAAUAUUUUCAACUGGAAAAAUGUUAUAGAGUCAGCUAAAGCAUUUUUCAAGAAGCGUGAAUAUGGAGUUCGAGAACAGCUAUUUUUGCUUGUGGCCAUUUUAAUUUUUACAAUGGCACCUAUGCAAGGUGAAGAUUCAACUUUGCUUCUGUUUGUGAGAAACAAAUUAAAUUGGAGCACUGCAGACUAUUCGGAAUAUGGAACAUUCCGAAUGUUGAUUGCCUUUGGGGGAGGAUUAAUGUCCGUAGGCGUUUUAGUUACUUGGCUUGAGGUUGCAGAUUGGAAACUCGGUUGUAUAUCAUGUGUUAGUCAAGUUGCUGGAAGUUUGGUGUAUGCAUUUGCUAAUAAUACUCUCAUGAUGUAUAUUGCUCCUGUGGUGGACAUUUUGAAUGGAACCAUGAUUAUAGCAUCAAGAGCAAUGAUUUCAAAAAUAUCUCCCAUCGCGGAAAUGGGAAAGAUCAACUCGUUCAUUGCAGUCAUUGACUCCACGACCCCGCUGUGGGGCAACCCACUUUAUCAGGCAGUUUACAGAGGAACGCUGGAUGACUUUCCAGGAGCUUUCUUUAUACUAUCCGCUGCGCUUACGAUUCCACCAUUAUUUUUAUUUUCAUACUUUGGAUGGACAAAGAAAGGCAUUCCAGUUCAUGAGCAGGCUGCAAGAAGAAAUAAUAAAUCAACUACAGAAAUCACCGAUAUGAAACCGAUUUAGAAAGGUUAUUUUUAUUGUUUUAAAUCAAUUCCACGAUAUUCUCAAGAUCAGACUCAUUAUUGUCAGUAUACCUUUGUAUUAUUAUGUGAAACUAUUUAUAAACAUAAUUAUGCAUUAUAAAUAAAUAUAUGCAUGAAAAUAAUUACUAACAAUUAAA